AUGAUCAAUUAUUAUUACCCUCCAUUAUUUCCUGCGAAUCCAUACAUCCCAAAACAAAAGAGAAAUACAACACAAAGUAUUCGAGAUAAUGAAAGGACAUUAGCGCGGUUAAAGAAAAACGGAUUUAAAAUCGAAUAUGUAACUGCUUAUAUUGAUCGGCAGUUUGGCACUCAUGUUUCUUCAGCUAAUUUACUUACCUUCGCCCAUGAGCUUUGCGAAAAAUUAUCGUUAAAACUUGAUCGCAUUGCAAAACGUAAUAAAAAUGCUCUUUUCUGCUGGUAUGCUGAAAAUUGGCAUAUCGUUCAACCACAUCUGAAAGAUCUAACAUUGCCCUUAAAACAUGAAAGUGAUAACCAAGACGAAAAGAAUACUAAUAAUAAUACUCAAGAGAAUGAUCCUAUGGAAAUUUCUCAAUUAUUGAAUCACCAUGAUGAAUAA